GAAGAAGAAAGUUUGGAUUUUUUCAUAGGUCAGUUAACAUCGCUUACUAUGGGAGAAGAAGAAAACAAAAAUAAAGAGAAGAAAGAUGGGGAUAAGUCAACAUCUAAUGACGAAAGCAGAUCUACCCAUAAUCAUGAUCAUGCUAAUUCGACUCCACCUUUUAAAAGGAAGAGUAAUAACUAUUAUAAAUCGAGAUAUUUUUAUAACUCAACAAAUCGGAACUAUGGGAACAACUACCAGAACAACAAACAAAAUGCUUCACCUAGAUGGAGAAAAAAUAAUUACAGAGGGACGAAAGGAGGGAAACGUCAUCGUUACAACCGUAACUUGAAUAAUUCCAAAAAGAUUGAAAAUAAUUUAAAAAUGUUAUUUUCAUCUAUGUUGCAAGCAGCGAAAAAUAUGUAACGAUCAAUAAAUAAUUAUCUUGU